UUCUCUCUCUCCUGGGAACUGGUUGAACCAGAGUACAACCUGCUCAUCUGCCUCUGGCAGAGCAGCUGCAGGAGCUGAGACGUGCUGAGCUGCGAGCAGAGCCGCCGAGCCAAGGCUUGGGAGGCUAGGCUGGCGCGCUGCGCUGCGGGGCGCUGCUGAGGGCUAACAUUGGACCAGCCAUCUCCCCGAGGCCCAUGCGGGGUCAGUACAGCCCGCGGCUCGCUCAUGAGGCCACCACGGUGCGGGGGGAGGACCCAAGGCAUCCCGCUGGGGCUCCUCGCUUUCUGGGUGGCUUCCGCCCGCUGUCUGCAGAGUCAGGGUGUGUCACUGUACAUUCCACAGUCGGCCAUCAACGCCACUGUCCAAGAAGAUAUCCUGCUGUCAGUGGACUACAUCUGCCACAGCGUGCCCACUAUUGAGUGGAAGUACACACCUAACUGGGGUGUGCAGAAGAUCGUGGAGUGGAAACCAGGGACCCCAGCCAAUGUCUCCCAAAGCCACCGAGACAGAGUCUGCACCUUUGACAAUGGCUCCAUCCAGCUUUUCAGUGUGGGUGUGAGGGAUUCUGGCUACUACAUCAUCACUGUCACAGAGCACCCAGGGAGCAGCCAAUCUGGCACCAUCUUGCUGCAUGUGUCCGAGAUCCGCUAUGAAGACCUCCACUUUGUCGCUGUCUUCUUUGCUCUGCUUGCUGCUGUGGCUGUGGUGCUCAUCAGCCUCAUGUGGGUUUGCAAUCAGUGUGCGUAUAAAUUCCAAAGGAAGAGGAGGUACAAACUCAAAGAAAGCACCACUGAGGAGAUUGAGAUGAAAGAUGUUGAGUGUUAGCCAAGACUGUGCCCAAUGACAUUGCUACCUCAAGAGAAAAACAGUAUUUUCCAGUAGAAGGAACAAACUGAGCCAGGCCUUGCUGAAGCUUCCACACCCCUUUCCCGCUGAGACGGCUGGAAGAUAAGAAAGCUGACUGUGGAUCUGGAGGUGAUGGCUUACCGAUUCUAGGACUUGCCUGUGUUAAAGAGACGUAUGCGGCUUUCAACCAGGAACUUUCCUUGGUUGCAGCUUCAGGGUCAUGCUGACUCAACACAGGCAGGCACCAGCUACCACUUAUGUAUAAUCCAGGCUGCAGUCCCACAGUGCCCUGCUGAAGGAGUCCCUGUCUCCAGUGCCAGCUUGUCUGCAGAGGGGCUGACAGGCAGCUCGUACUAGAGCAUGCUUUCUGUGCCUUUGUGCUCCUGUCUGAUGUGCAAACUGUGGCACCCUCCUCCUCCCCACCUUACAUCCCAUAAACGUGAGCAAGCCUGAAACUCUGACAGUCUGAUGAGGUAGAGUGAAUUGUACCUCAUGGGGAGCAGCUGAGUGCACGAAGGGAUCAGUUUUGGGCUCAGAGAGCAGAAGACAUCGAUCUCAUCCUCCCUCAUACGAAGUUAAUCGAGUAGCCUGAACUUGGGUUACUGUGAGAAAAACAUGGCUUAGGUUGACCAGGGGUAGCUGGAUGGGUGAUACACCAGUAAAAUCUGUAAGGCUUCAUCCAGCUUCCUCCUAUUUGAUCAGCAACACUUCAAGUCAGAUUCUGGGCAGAGGAGUGUGUGGUGUUCACCUACCUCAAAUAGCAUCAGGAGAAGCCAGUUAUUAGCCUAGAUCUCUCAGAGGGAUUAAGAAAAGCAUGAGAGGGCUGCAGAGAUGGCUCAGCCUUUAAAGGCUAGGCUCACAACCAAAAAUACAAGGAAAGCAUGAGAACCACUGAAGCAUCUGGAAAGCUAGUUGAGAAAGUGCAAUAUUGCAUUAGCAAAAGUUAAAAUGCCCUGGGAUGGGGCUGGAGAGAAGGCUCAGCACCUAAGAGCACUUGCUGUUCUUGCAGAGGACCCUGACUAAAUUCCAUGCGCCCACAUGGUAGCUCAUAACCUUCUAGAACUCCAGUUCCAGGGAAUGAUUCCCUCUUCUGGCCCCAUGGGCACUGCAUGCACACAGUGCACAUGUACAUGUGAAGGCAAAACAUUCAUACACGUGAAAUAAAAUUUAAAAAUUAA